AUGACUACAGACUCUGCUCCAACCGAAUCCUACGUCUUCCAAGGCACCAUUAACAAGAAAAUGCCCCAGGUCUUGCGCGGCAAGGGUGUUCGCAUGACCAUCAAGAAGGACGGCAAGGUGUACGAAGACGUCAUCGACGGUGUCACUGGUGCUGCCGUGGGCGCCCUGGGCUGGGGUGACGAGGAAGUCCUCCCCAUCAUCAACAAGGCGGCCAGCGAGAACACCUACUCCUUCCCUUCCUUGAUCGGUAACCAGGCCUCCGAGGACUUGGCUAAGUUCUACAUCGACAGCUCUCCAAAGGGCGCUUUUUCUGCCGCCUUGUGGUGCUGCUCAGGGUCUGAAAGUAACGAAAACGCUUUGAAGAUCAUCAGACAAUACCAACAAGAGCGUGGCCGCCCAGAGAAGAUUAAGAUCAUCUCCAGAGACACUUCUUACCAUGGUUUCACUUUGGGUGCUCUAUCCAUCUCCAACUGCUCGCGCUUCAACGCCUUCAAGGAGAUCUGUAUCCCUCAAGAACUUUGCUUGAAGAUGCCCGCCUGCUACCCAUACCGUUACCAAAAGAAGGGUGAGACUGAGGAGGAGUACUCCCAGCGUCUAUUGGACACUUUGGAGAAGAUGAUUGUCGACAACGACCCUAACACUGUCUCUUGUGUUAUCGUGGAGACCCUUCCAGGCUCAUCGCUAGGUACCGCUCCUCCUCCAAAGGGCUACUUGCCAGGUAUCCGUGCUCUGUGCAACAAGUACGACGUGAUCAUGAUGCUGGACGAGGUUAUGUGCGGUACUGGUAGAAGCAACCCUAACGGCAAGCUAAACUGCUGGGAAAACUUCUUGGACCCUAAGGAUGCACCAGACAUCCAAACUGUCGGCAAGACCUUGGGUUCCGGUUACGUCACCAUCGCCGGUGUCCUAGUGGGCCCCAAGAUCAGACAGGCCUUCGUUGAAGGCACAAACUCAGUGUUCGGCGCCCAGACUUACUCUUCUCACGGCUUCAACUGUGCUGUUGCUCUUGAGAUUCAAAAGAAGAUUGCCCGCGAUGGCUUGACUGCGAACAUCUUCAAGAUGGGUAACUUGAUGGGUGAGAAGUUGCAAAAGGCCCUGCUAAGCGAGGAUAACAUUGUCGGUGACGUGAGAGGUAUUGGUGGCUUCUGGUCUCUGGAAUUUGUCAAGGACAGAGCCACUAAGGAAUGGUUCCCUGUUGAACUCGACGUUGGCCACCGUUUCCAAGACAUCUGUUUCCAAAACGGCCUGAACGUCAUGGGUAUGCAAGGCAACGCGGAUGGACACAAUGGUGAUAUUUCUCUGUUGGCACCCGCCUUCGUUAUCACGGAGAAGGAUGUCGAGGAUAUCGUGGAGAUAGUUAUCAAGUCCGUGGGCCAACUAUCUAAAGAGCUCAAGACUGAAGGCAAGUGGUAG